AUGCCGGCGGGGCUGCAGCCGCGCGCGGCGCCCCUCGGCGCGCGCGCCCACUGGCGGCCCAGGGAGGAGAACACCACCGCGCAGACGUCAAGCCCCGCGAGCGCCCUCGGCCGCCCGGACGCGGCGCCGCUCCGGGAGCCACCCGCGCGCUGCGCCGCCUUCUCGGACUUCCUGCUCCUGGGCGCGGGCGGCGCCGCCCCGCCGCGCGCCUGCGCGGCAGGAGCGCAGGCCGCCGCGUGCCGGACGAGGCCUCCGAGGCGGCGCUCCAGGGCUGCCGGGCCCGCGCUGCAGAGGCUCCCGGUGCCCUGCGCGCCGCUCAGGGAGUGCCCGCCGGCGCUGCCGCGGGCGCCGCGGCGGCCGCCGACCUGCUUCCUGCUGCUCCACGGCGCGGAGGCCCGCCGAGGCGCGCCCGCGGGCGCUGGGCCGCUCGCCACCGCGCUGGCGGAGGCCAAGGACGCCGACGAGGCGCCCUCGGCCCCGGCUGGCCGCGGCGGCGCCCUGCUCCUGGUGGGCGGCGCGCUCGUCGCCAGCGGCGUGCUCGCGCUCGCCGCGGGGCGCCCGCGCCCGGCCGCGGCCGCGGGCCCGCCGGCCGAAGGCGCCGCGGGUGGUCCUGCCGAUGUCGCCGCGCUGCCGGCCGCGGCCGCGGGCCCCGCUGCCGCGGAGGUUCCAGCCGCUGCGGGCGGAGGCGCCGCCGCGGAGGCGCCGGCUGCCGCCGCCGAGGCGCUGGCGGCGGACGCGGGCGAGCCAACCGACGGGGAGUUGGCCGAGCAUCGUGCGGUGGACGCGGCCCGGGCCGCGGAUCUGCAGGCGCAUGCGGGGCUGGCCCUGAUCUACGAGAGGGUGAUGCCCGCGGUCAUCCAAGGCCAGCGGGUCCAGCAGAGCGUCGAGCAGCGCAUGGAGUCCAUCCGCACUCGGGUGCCGCAGGUGGUGCAGGAGGAGCUUAACAUGGGCGUGCAGGACCUCACCUCGCUCGUGCAGGAGGCGCUGCCGCAGGCGAGCGCCCUGCGCUCCGAGGCGCUGCCGUCGGUGUCCCUGAUCGUGGCGGGCCUCUUCGCGCCGCUGCAGCUCCAGGGCCUCUACGCGUCGCACGCGGGAAGGCUUGGCCUCUGCGGCGCUCUGCUCGGCGUCGACGUGAUAGGGCUGCUGGUGGACAGCGGGAAGAAGUGCCUGACUCAGGAAGUGCUCGGCCCCAUGAAUAUCCUGCACUACUGGAUCGCCGGCGACGCCGCGCUGCUCACCGUCACGGUGGCGACGAGCCUGAUGGCCAUCUUGCGGUGCAACAAGACCUUCGCCGAAAUGAAGGCCGCCACCGACGCACCGGUGAAUUUGCCCGCUGACCCCGAGGCGGCCUUCCGCAUGAUGAUGGAGGGCCACUUGCUCAACGGGGCAAGGGCGAUGAUGGAGUACGACAGGCUCGUGCAGUCCGUGCCGUUCCAGAUGGUGUACGCCGUCAACGUGGUGGACUUCUUCUGGCAGGUGGCCGGCUGGUUCUUGUUCUUCGACACUCCCAACGCAGAGUGCGAGGCCAAGUUCUUGCUCUAUUGGUCCCGUGGCCGUGGCAUGAUCUUCCUGAUCGGGUUCGUUCCAGCCCUCGUCGGCCUUGUGAUGACUCUGGCCAAGGCGGCCACAGAGACCCGCAGCUUCCGGGCGGCUGUCCUCCAGACCGCCGUCGACCUCGACAAGCAGUUGUUCCCUUCCGGCCCCUCCGUCUUCACCGUCCUGGUGCGCGCCUUCUUCCUGCGGGACAGCAGCGACAUGCGGAGGAUGGAGCUCCAGCUCAUCCAGUCGGAGGAGGGGGCGCUGGCGCGGGAGGUGGCACGCAUGAGGGCGGAGUGCGCGCGGGCGACCGCCGAGCUGGAGGCGGCGGAGGCCAAGCACCGGGGCCUCGCCGAGCAGGUCGAGGCGCGCACCCGGGACGCCCAGAUGGACGCCAGGGAGCGUGAGUUCCUGGAGCAGUACCGCCAGGCGGUGGACGUCGUGCUCGACGCGCGCGAGGCCGCAGCCGCAGUCUCUGGGAUCCAGCAGGCGGCGGCCAGCGGCGGAGCCGCCGUGGCGGCCUCCGCCGCGGCCGCCGCCCUCGGCGGCCAGGAGGCCCCCGGCGCGCCCGCCGCCGGGGCGGCCGCGGCGGGGGCGGCCUCCGCGGAGGCGGCGGCCGCCGUGGCCGCCGUGUCGGCGGAGGGCCUGGCCGCGCUGGGGCAGGCUGCCGCCGCCGCCCGCGGGGCGGCCGUGGAGGCUGCCGCCGCCGGUGCCCGCGGCGUGGCGCAGGCCUCCGACGCCGACGUGGCCGAGGGCACGGGCGGCACCGGCACCGUCUUCCUGGAGCAGGUCGUCGGCGCAGCCCAGGGAGCUGCAGAUGCCGUCCUGCCAUCGCAGCCAGGACGCCGCUCCGCCUGCGCGGAGAACGGAGCGAAGGGACCGCCCGCGUGCUCUGGGCGCCCCCCUUGCACGGGCGCAGAGUCACGUUGCAUCUCCGGGGACGAGGGGCAUGCGCCCGUCGCGGCCGGCCACCCUUUAUACAAAGUCUACGGCCUGCAUCCGCGCGACUUCCACUUCGGCCGGGACGGCGAGCGGCUGCGCACGGAGAGGCGGUCCGCAGUGGACAGCGACGAGGAAGACGACAAGGACGACCAGUCCGACCUGUACGACCUCGUGGACCGGGCCGGCGGGCGCGCCGCCGCGUCGCGCGCUGCAGCGCUCCCUGGCAUGUCUGGGGCGUGCUCUGCUCGCUCGUGCUCAUGGUCAGCGUGCUGGGCCCAGAGGCGCUCCCCGAGCUCCUCGCUGACGCAGUGA